CCUACUAACCUCUUCGCCAACUCUUCCUCCCACACCAGAUUAGAGCAAUGACGGACCAACUCCAACUGAACCCUAACUCGGUGGCCGGACUCACUGAGUCCUCGGCGCCCUCCGACGAUGAUGAACCCUCUCUCAGCUCCCACACUCUCGCCGCUCUCAAGGAAUUCCUCGCCGAGCAGCAGCGUCAGUCCGACGCGGAAGAAGGGUCCGAGGUUUCUCUCGUGUCCGAGAAUUGGAAUUUGAGCCAGUUCUGGUACACUCCAGAAACAGCGAAAACCGUGUCCGAGGAAGUUCUCACUCUCUGCGGUGGCGUCCACGCUCGCGUUGCCUGCAUUGCUUGCCCUACUCUCUAUGUUUAUCUCAAGCAAAUGAAUCCUGAUGCUACUGUGCAACUUCUUGAGUACGACAAACGUUUUCAGCAAUAUGGAAGUGAUUACACAUUUUAUGACUACAAUCUUCCUGAUGAAAUACCAUCAGAAUUGAAACAUUCCUGCAAAAUUGUAGUUGCAGAUCCUCCUUACUUGAGCAAAGAGUGCUUGGAGAAAGUUGCUGAAACGAUUCGUCUGCUCAUACAACCUGGAGAGUCAUUUGUGCUUCUGCUGACAGGGAAAGUGCAGAAAGAAAGGGCAGCAGAGAUCUUGGGCCUGUAUCCUUGUGGAUUUAGGCCUCAGCAUUCCAGCAAACUUGGAAAUGAGUUUCGGUUGUUCUCUAACUAUGACCCCGAAACGAGACUAGGAGGGUGGGAAAAAUAGGUAGUAGGUGUAUGAAGCUGCAGUUGCAUAUAUUAUGACGUUGGGUUGAUUGGAUGAUCAUGUUUGCCACUACAAAGACAUUGAAGUUAUUCUGCUAGAAAUUUUGAUAGAAUAUCAACGUUUCUGUGGAUUGAUAUCAGCCUCUAGGCAACAAGUGUAUUUGAAUUUUUCAGAUAAUUGUCCAAUAUAUUUUCCAUUUGUCUCAAUUUCUUGCAAGAGGCACAGUUUUGGGUCGUGUUAGAUUUCUGAUAUUUGCAAGUUGAGGUAAGUCUUUGACUAUUGUGAAUGACAGCAGCAUGUGCUGCCAAGGGCAAUUUCGCUAUGGAAUCUAGUUGUGUGGUUCGGCAAGGAUUUUUGUUCAACAUCAUUUUAAUUUGAAGUGAUUUAUAGUAGUUUGUCAACAGUUCAUAAUUGACUCUGUUGCACAAAACAAAAUAUUGUUCCUAGAUGUCAGCAUUGAAUUAGGGAUGCUUGUAUACUACGUUUUCUUUUCUCUUAUAUCAAGUUGCAAUGAUGAUUGCAAGAAAGUUAUUUAUA